GGCUGGUAGGUAGGUGUGGUUUAUGCAGCAAUAUGGCUGCUGUAGAGAGCUCCAGCUCUGAAGUGAUUGUGAAAAUAUCCUCAAUAUCUCACCCUCUCCUUGAAGAGAUGAAAGGGAUACUCUCAAGGCUAAAGAUGGUUGGAGGAAUGAUCCAAGAUGGCUGUCCUCACCUUGUACCUUUCUGUGAAACGAUAGAGUCUGUCUUUAGACAUGGACUCAAACAGCCAAACUCGUUCUUUGGUUUAAACAGACAAGAUUACUGGUCCUGGAUUGAAAUGCUACAGGAAUAUUAUUUUAAUGAAAAACAGAAUCCAUUGCUACAUUCAUUAGUGACUGACAUUAGUUCAACAAACAGAAUUAGGACAUUACAAGGGAGAGGGAGGUGUUUUAUAAGAGGAUCAUUAACAAACAAACUGAUAUCAGUACCAGUGGAGCAUUUAGUGAAGAACACCAAACUAACUGAAUAUUGGUAUGUUAAAGAUUCAAUAAUUGCUAGCACUGAAUUGAGAGCUGUGUUUAUGGAGCUUUUGUUUCAAGCAACAGAAGUUGAUUUUGACUUGGAUUACAAAACAUCAGGAUUUCUUAAUGAAACUUGGGUCAUUCCUGUAUACGUUACUUAUAAAUUACCGCCUGUUAAAACACUUGACAUUGGCGUAAGGCGUAUUGACGAGCGGCAGCUGGUGGUUGAUAUAGAAAAGGAUUGUUUGGCUUAUAAAGCAGGUAUUGAAGUAUGGGAUAUUGUUGAAGAAUUGUGUGGACAACCUAUUCAUCUUAUUACUGGAAAUUUUCAAAAGUAUGUAGCCAAACAUUCGAUUGAUUUUACUGAAAUAACUGUUGUCAAGAAACAUUUACCUGAUGGCAGUCCAUUUGCUCCUGUACUUCGGAGACAGUUAUUGUUCACUCAUAAAGUGACCACACCCACUUCCUCUAUGUGGAUACCUGAAUUUAUUAAUCCUCACACAUCAGCAAUCAUUAGAACAAUUGGAGAAAAGACUGAAUAUUCAUUAGUUUAUUUGGGUAAACACAUAAUGUUAAUUAAUGAGGAAGAAGUUGGUCAAAAGACUAUAGAUACAGCUGUGUCUCGGGUACUACAUGAUACCAGGAAACCUGAGGAUAUCACUUUAACUCUAAGCACUGUUGGAUUAUUAUUAUUACUUAAAGAACGUAAACUAUUAGUUUGUGAUUAUCGUGAGCUGAUAAUAUCAGGACAAUCUACAGCCCACAUGUCCUGCCUAGCCAUUGUUUGUAAAAGAGGUGUGGCCAGUAAAGAGGCGGAGUCUAAAGAGCUGGUCUGUUACGUGUGUGAAACUCCGACCUUUGAACUGGCUCAGUGUGUUUGCAUGCAUAUUGCUCAAGGUUUUUCUCAAAUAUCUAUUCUACAAUAAACGUUUCUUUAUUUUGAUAAAUGUGCACAAAUAUUUGUAUUAUUUUAUGACGAAAAUGCUAAUAAUUAAUAUAAUAAAUGGUCAUUACUGGUUAUUG